GGAUAAUUUGAACCUAACACAGACCGAUGUACAUGCCUUUGCACAGAGACAAUAUAGCCGCUGCCUUAGCAUUGUCGUCUAUGCUGCUGACACAACAAGUGCCCCUGGAGGAGUGCCAUGAGUCUGUCUAGCAAACAAGAAGACUAUGGUGUCUGUAGCCUACCAUACAAACCAAGCGUGAUUUGGAGUUCCAGUUUGAAAAAGCUGUUGUAGCCUAAUUUUUUCAAGAAAAAUGCCAAGCAGAUAGCAUUUGUACCUCCAUAUGCACAGCCUUUAAAAAAAAAAAAUCACACCACUUUUCACACUGUCAAAACAUGUCCUGAAAUUGUCAACCAGCGCUUUUACUUUAAAUUAUCCCCACCACUCACCUCCUUGCAUAAUGAAGCAGUCAUAAACAGAACCUUAUCUGCAUGUUUGGCGUCUGCAUCCUCUGGACAUAAAUGCUAAUAUUGAUGUAUUGGGAAAUUAAUUGGCAGUCAUAUUUGCUAUGUUUUGAUCCACUGAUUCUGUUAAAUGACACACUGAUGUUGGCUUUUGAUGAAGGGUAUGACAUUUCUGUCACUAGAAGAUGGCCUAUCCCUUAAUCAGACCUCACAGACUAUAGCUGUCUUUAGAUGGCAGUUUGUGUGUGUGUGUGUGUGUGUCUCUAAAGAAUUCACUGUAUAAAUACUGUCAUGGAAAACUAUGAUCACAGAGUAUUCAACUUAUAAGUGUAUUUAAAAACAGUAUUAUGAGGAAGCAGGUGAGCAACAUAUUACAGAUGUAUUCCGUAUAUUAGAGAGAGGACAACAAGAUAGACAGAGGGGCCAUCCCUCCCUAUACUGUAUGUGUGUCUAACUGUCUAUCCAUGCAGCCACAGCCACACAUCCAUUGAAAGAAAAAAUGUUGGCUUCAGCAUGUUGCAUUGACUCCAACAGUACUGCAUACCUAUGCACAUCCACAAUUCUAGAACAUACCAAAUACAAACCAGCCAAAGCCCCUACCCUAACCCCCUGACCCCCUCCCAGCCGCCUACAUUGAAAGGGCUGUGGGGGUCACAUGAUCCCGUGCCACUAGCGAUGGCUCGUUCAAUUGCAUCCGUUACAUGGGGCCUGAUUGUUUAAGGAUUUUGCUUCCAUCAACAGAGGGGAUAGCCCAGUGGAGUUCUCUUCCACUCUCCUAUCUCUCCUCCUAGGCUUGCAACGUCUCUCCUCUCUCUCUUUCCCUCUAUCCCUUUCUCCCCAGAAAGGUAAACGGUUAAGAGGGUGUUUUUACUGAAGAAACAAGUAUCAGGUACCACACAGUGGCCACAGCAGCAUCUCUUAGGAUGUACAGCUUCAUGGGAGGGGGCCUGUUCUGUGCCAUGGUGGGGAACAUCCUGCUGGUGGUCUCCACAGCAACAGACUACUGGAUGCAGUACCGUCUGUCGGGCAGCUUCGCCCACCAGGGCCUGUGGAGGUACUGCAUGUCGGGAAAGUGUUACAUGCAGACGGACAGCAUCGCAUAUUGGAAUGCCACCCGGGCCUUUAUGAUCCUGUCAGGGAUGUCGUGCUUUGCGGGCAUCAUCGCAGGCAUCCUCUCCUUCGCCCACUUCUCCGCCUUCGAGAGGUUCAACCGCUCCUUCGCUGCAGGGAUCAUGUUUUUCGUCUCCACCUUAUUUGUUCUUCUGGCAAUGGCCAUCUACACGGGUGUGACAGUGAACUUCCUGGGCAAGCGUUUCGGUGACUGGCGUUUCUCUUGGUCCUACAUAUUGGGCUGGGUGGCACUGCUCAUGACCUUCUUUGCAGGGAUAUUUUACAUGUGUGCCUACAGAAUGCAUGAAUGUAGGAGAGGAGGCGGCCCUACACGCUAGAGAGAAAGACACAGCAAAUCGCACAAACUUUUUUUUUUAAAUAAAACAUUUAACACUGAAUGAAUGACCUUAACAUAUGACAGAAAGCCUUCGUGCCUACAUGGGCCUCCAUCCCCUGAUGCGUCCAAUGGAUUUCCUGGAUAAAUAAAGACUUGAUAGAAAAAUAUACAAUAGCUUUCUGCCAUUCACAUGAAAAGAAGAAUGAUAACUUUAUUUAGAAAGACAAUUCCACUAGCUUCUUUAUCUAUGUACAGUAAACAGGAAAAUAUGUUUCAAAAUGGCUGCCACUGCAAUGGUUAUGAUAUCUCCUUAGUGCCCUUUUCAAGCAUAUAUGCGAGAUGAGUACAGACAUGUUGUACAUGCAAAUGUAGCCUAUUGUAGUUUUGGUUAGGAAUAUGGGCAGGUGGAGCCAUGCUGACCAGGCAAGUUCUCAUAUUUUCCAAUAA